UUGUGCAUGCUUUCAGUAGAUGGCGAAAUUGAGCUAUAUUAGUUUGCGAUUAGCCAUCGAAAAAGAAGAAGAAAAAUUAUUCUCUGCGCUGAAUAAGAUCGAGUGUGUGACUUUAAUCUGUUGUAUUUCUACAGUAAUUUCACAAGUUUUAUUUCCAGUGUUUGUCUUCGGCGGGAGAAUUGCGAGUUGUCUGUAACGCAGUAAAACUCCAGGAAACAAGUGAAAUCUGUGUGACACUGUUGUAAAGAUGUUUAUUAAAGAGGAGAGUGAAGAUAUGGCUUAUCCAGAAGCAUGCAGAAUUAAAACCGAACACACUGACGAACAAACAGACUUGAUGGAAAUUAAAGAGGAAAAUGAAGAACCAAUAGAAGUGAAAAUAGAAAGUCAAGAACUGAAUGAAGUGAAGGAGGAACAUCAGUAUCAGAAUCCUGGAGCUGGAGAAAAAUCUUUUAGUUGCUCAAAGACUGAGAAGAAUUCCUCACAAAACAAAACUCAAGCCAAAAAAUCCUUCACCUGCCCUCAGUGUGGAAAGAGUUUCACACGGAAAGAAAGUCUUAAAAAGCACAUGAGAAUUCACACUGGAGAGAAGCCUUUUAAGUGCCCUCAGUGUGGGAAGAGUUUUAUGCGCAAAGACAGUCUUAACAAGCACAUAAAAAUUCAUUCUGGAGAGAAGCCUUUCAAGUGCCCUCAGUGUGGAAAGAGUUUUGCAUGUAAAGGAAACCUUUUGAUACACUUAAGCCUUCACAACGGAGAGAGCCCUUUCACAUGCCAUCAGUGUGGAAAGAGUUUUAUGAGUAAAGACAAUCUUAACAAGCACAUGAAAAUUUACACUGGAGAGAAACCUUUCACUUGCCCUCAGUGUGGAAAGAGUUUCACACAGAAAGAUGGUCUUCAGAGACAUAUGAGAAUUCACACUGGAGAGAAACCUUUCAGAUGCCUUCAGUGUGGUAAUAGUUUCAGGUAUAAAGAAUACUUUAAAGUACACAUGAGAAUUCACACUGGAGAGAAGCCUUUCAGAUGCCUUCAUUGUGGAAAGAGUUUCACAAAGAGAGCAAACCUUAAUGAUCACAUGAGAAUUCACACGGGAGAGAAGCUUUGCAAGUGCCAUCAGUGUGGAAAGAGUUUCACACAGAAACGAGACCUAAGUGUUCACAUGAGAAUUCACACUGGAGAGAGACCUUUCACAUGCCUUCAGUGUGGUAAUAGUUUCAUUUCAAAAGGAAACCUUACUGAGCACAUGAGAAUCCACACUGGAGAGAAACCUUAUACAUGCCAUCAGUGUGGAAAAAGUUUCAGUCGGUCACACACCCUAAAACAGCAUGAGAGAGUGCAUACUGGAGAAAAGCCAUACCACUGCCCUUCAUGUGGAAAAAGUUUCCGCCAAUCAAAAUAUUUAAGAAAUCAUAGAAAAGGGCAUUGCCCAGAGUUGUUGGAGUGAGCAAACUGGAGGUAAUGCUGUGUUAUUGGUAUUAAAUUCUGAAAAGAAGAAGAAGAAAAAAAAAAAGCAUUUCUUCAAAAAGAGCCAUCUAUAUAUUCUAUCAUAAAGGGUCAUUUGCUACAUUGCAUUACCAUGAUCAUGAAUCAGCUGUCAUUCUAUGUAGUAGCUGGGCAAAAUAGCAAACACAUAUAAUGUUAAAAUUAUUAAAUGGCAGAUUUUCUAAAUUAAAAGAUGAAAUUGUUAUGGGACAGUCUGCAACAAUCAGGGGCAGUUUCACUAAACAGAUUUAGCACGUGAUAUUUCAGUGCAAAUAUCUGUGUCUUAUUCACUAAUCACCUGCAAACUAUUUUAGAAGUGGCAAUCAGCACUGAAAUUGCACUGCAUCUUGAGUAUUUAAAUGAAGUCAUUAUCAUUCCUUUCCGUGCAAAAACAUCUCCUUUCUAUGUAAAUAAGACUCAUUGUGUAUUGUGCUUCAUUCACAGAAAUUGUCUGCCGCAAUCUGUGCUACAACAGCGAAAUGAAAUUAGGUGGUAAAAUGAAUUUUAUUUAAAAGAGAUGUUGAAGAACAUUUUCAACCAAUCAUAUUUGCAGUAAUUUAUCAAAUAAUGAUCAAAUGAUGAAGAGUGUUAUCUGGCUUAUAUAUACGGAUGCGCAGUGUAGACAAGCGCCAUUUUGGCUUGUUUAAGAGAUGAUUAAGGUGUUUGGAUCACAGUGAUGGUGUACAGUCCCGGAAGGGUGUGUCAAAUACGGUGGCUGGCGGCAUCCUUCGCUAUAUAACGCUCAGAAGUGGCCCACAAGAUCAGAAUUUCACGUGCAAAUUGCGUUCAGCAAUGAUAUGUGGGCAUGUUUAUGCCAUUGCUUGAUAUGUCUAAUUACUUAAGUGAAUCAGGCACUAAACCAACACAGAGAGUGCGUGCAAAAAAACGUCACUUUUACUGGGUGCAGUUUAAUAUUAGUGAAUUUCCCCCCUCAGUGUUUCGCUUUUCCCUCAGAGGGCACCUGUGCCCUAGGUUCUGGGGCAGGUGGAAGGGAGGACAGGAACUGAUAGAAGAUAGGAGGUUCGGGAACAAAAGGAUGUGUGCUGAAGCCCCAGAGCUGUCUUUGAAUGAACAAUGUUCUUGUUCUUUUGUACCCAAAUGCUAUGCAUCCAACUAUUAUUUCUGUUUCUGCUGUUAUUCUUAUAUAUGUGUGUGUAUGGAAUGUUUUGUGAUUAGAGUGAAGGGAGUCUCAUAUAAUGGUCGACCGAUAUAUCACAGAGGCCGAUAAAUCAGCCGAUAUUCUUAAUUUAUUAAUUAUCAGCAUCGGACGAUACAUUUUCCCAUUUGGCCGAUUGGUUUCUUAAGGCCAUGAGGGUGCAGAGAAUUGCCUGCUUGUAUGUGAAGGAGCGUUUGAGACAUGUAAACGACCAAUAACAGUUUGUUUUGUUGUUACGUGCCAUCGUGUUAUUACAAUAAAAGACCGGUGUGCAACACAGUGUUAUAUAAAUGGUCCGCAUAUCAGAGCCACGACGUGUUAAGUGUUCGCCUGUUACCUUCUCCAUCUCUCUCCUCAACAGUUCCCUGUAUCUGUUAAUUGUCUUGUCUAAUGGUAAAAAGGCAAAUAUUCAUAAAACUUCAAUUAUACACCUCGUAUAUCUCGUUUAAACAGAUGGAAUUCAUGAACCUCAUGAAAAUCCAGCAUUUUCUUCCCUUCCAGUGCUCAUCUAAUAUUUUCCUCUAAAGCGCGUAUUCCGUCAGCCAGAAUCAAAAACUUCAGGAUAAGGAUCAGAUGUUCCUCUAAUAAUUCACAAAGCAUGAUGGUCAGUCCGUGAUAAUUCAAGCAGGCGAUCCACGCCGUUUAAACACUCAGUAGAUUGCUGCUGCUUUUGCUGGAUCUGCACGAGGGCGUGAGUGCAACUUCAAAGAAUGUUAGUGUCCUCUCAGCCUUGUUGGCAAACACACUGCUGUUCUCUACUAAUGCAUCAUCUAGUCAACAAAUUAAUUACUUUAUAAUGAUAUGACAACAUAUACUAUAGUGUACUUUAUACAUAUCAAUAAUGAAAAGGUGUUUUAAAUCCGCAUCUGAAGUGUUUCGUUCCAUGCAGAUUGUAGUCUCAUGUCAAAACAAACAGCACAAGGCAUCAGUGAAGCGAUUUUUUUUAUUUCUGCAAUCUGUUAUCAGUGCCGAUUAAUCAGCAAAACCGAUAUAUCGGUUGGCCUCUAGUACUGUAUGUACAAUUGGUUUGACUGGGUCUUUUAUGAGAAAAUGUGAUUGGUAAUGUGCAAAUACCAUACAUUGUUGCUGGACUACUGUGUGUACUGUUAUUUCCUUCUUCCUAAUAUAUGAACAAUUUCUUCAUGUGUAAAUAAAUGACAAGUUCUAUGACUAAAGAGAAAUCAGAAGAAACUGCUAUCUACCAUUUAAAAUACAAUCUUAUUUUUUAAAGAAUUAAAUAUUAUAAACGUUUAUUAAUAUAACUUAUUAAUAGGCAUUGUAUCGGCCACCCUGCACUCUGGAUAUUGGCAUCGGCCAUUAAAAAAACUCAUAUUGGUCGACCACUAGUCUCAUAGACUGUUCUGUGGUAAAAUGAAACUUUUAUCUCUGUUAGAUUUGCUUCACCUUUCCGGGUGUCUCAUGGUAUAAAACCUGUGUUCACAGUCACUAAGUUGUCUCUCGCAUAAACCCUGCAAUGCUGUAUGCAUAUCCGCAAAUCUCAAUAAAAGCUCAUAUAAAUCUUGGUCUCGUCCUUGUCUCUGAAUGGCCUACAACAAAACCAAUGUUAAUCUUUCCCAACAAAAUUCAAGUGAAAGGAAAUGUUUUUUGUUUUUUUACCAGAAACAUUAACAUUAACCUGAUUGCAUGUGUGCACACCAUUUUAUAAUGGGGCAUGUAACUUAGUAGUGUUUCUCAAUCCUUUCCUGGAGUACCACUAACACUACACAUUUUCAUUUAUCUAACUCACCUGAUUUUUCUGUCAGCUAAAUAGUGGAGUAUUCCAUGAUCUGAACUGAGUCUGUCAAAUAAGGAAGACAUCCAAAAUGUGUAGCGUUAGUGGUAUUAAAGGAUUUCAAAUUUUUAAGCGCAUCUCUCAAAAUUCGACUAAAGAAAAUGCAUAUCAUAGCAUGUGUCCUUUUUCUUUUCUUUUUUUUUUUCUUUUUUUUUUUUGCCCCAAUUUGGAAUGCCCAGUUCCCAAUGCACUCUAAGUCCUAGUGGUGGUGUAGUGACUCGCCUCAAUCUGGGUGUCGGAGGACGAAUCUCAGUUGCCUCCGCGUCUGAGACCGUCAACCCACGCAUUUUAUCACGUGGCUUGUUGAGCGUGUUACCGCGGAGACAUAGUGUGUGUUGAGGCUUCACGCCAUCCACCGCAGCAUCCAUGCACAACUCGCCAUGCACCCCACUGAGAGCGAACCACAUUAUAGCAACCACAAGGAGGUUACCCCAUGUGACUCUACCCUCCCUAGCAACCGGGCCAAUUUAGUUGCUUAGGAGACCUGGCUGGAGUCACUCAGCACGCCCUGGGAUUCGAACUCCAGGGGUGGUAGUUAGCAUGUGUCCAUCUUAAUGGAGCCCGCCUCACCAUGAUGGAGCAGAUGAAUUACCUCCUUGCUUCGGGAAGAGUUGUGUUUGCAGUAUUGGAGCAAUUGUACAUCGUUUUAAUAAAGGCCGCCAGGAAACGCAGUAGAAUCAGUGUAAUAUCUCAUAUAAUAAGGGCUAAAAUAUGCUGCCCAUACCAACUGACGAGCGUAUUGUCAUUACGUCCACAAAUGGUCAAAACAAGUCAUCGCUUUGCGAAUAAACUCUAAACCUUAAUGCACAUUUUGACAGCAGCAUGUCUUCCAUGCUGCUGCCAUAAUGUGCUACCGUUUCCGCUGGAGGAGAAGAUAAACACUCUUGAACCAAUGCAAAGAUGUCUUAUGGGAGAUGUUGCUUGUCAGUAAAUAAGCAUAGUGGGGCUGAUGUCAGGGUACUGGAACAUUACUGGAAAUGUCAGGUUUUUUAGACGUAUAAAUUGAAACCAAGAUAAAUCAUGUCAGAUCUUUUUCCACCUUUAAUGUGAUAAUGUAACCAACAAAAUUUAAGUGAAGAACAAAAUGGAAACUUUUUAGGAGAAACAAAUAAAAGAUGUAUAUUUAUUAACAUACAUCACUCUAUGCUCCUUUCUUUACCCCUGAUUGCCUGCAGACUGCUGAGUCCCGCACAGCUUUCUUUACCAAUAAUAAACUGAAGUACUAAAACUAAAUAAGUAACAGUACUGCUAUUCACAUUUGCAUCUCUGAAUUCACCCUAUAUGUAUACCCGCAUACUCUAACAGAUUUACCAUUCUCUCUACAGGACUAUAUGCCAGUUUCUGCUUUUACCUAACUCUUUUGCAUAAAGCUGCUUUGCUUUACCCUCGGCCUCUGCAGGAGCAUCUUGACUACUCCAAUAUGUUUGCAUUGGACCAUUAUCUAUUAUCAUUGCUCAUAGGGCUGGGUGGUUUUGACACAAUUAUUUUAUUGUUUAUCGAGAAAUAAAUAUUUUUUUGCAUAAAAACAUUGCAAACACUAUAGUUAGAUACACUGUAAAUCCACCAAAGGUUAAAUAAGGAGGAGAAAAAGAAUUCACAGCACUUGUCUUAAUGCCGCUCCUGAUCUGAUCAGCUGCACGCGUGUGGUGCGCUCCAACUGAAUGUGACAAUUUAACAACACGGAGACUAAUAUAAAAGACAGCUGUAAUAUUCCCAGUAUAAUUGUACACAGUGUGAUUGUAGCUCAGCUUCAUCCAUCAUGCAUGUAUACACCCGGCUUGAGACCAUAACUGGCCUUGACGUGCGCAUGUUGAUUAACGGUGUCCUUUCUUUUGUUUUUACCCAUAAUAAAGCGUUAGUUACGUGACAGCUAUGGGCGCUUCGUUUCAAAUCAUAUGGAUAGGCAAUACAGCAGGGUUCCCCAGUUAGUUUUCAGCUAGGGCCAAAUUCUGUCAACAAUACAAUGUAAAUGUCCAUGGCCUUCGAAGUAAUGACAGUUUGUUUUGUGCUGCUGCUAUUAUUAGUAUUACUAUUAUUACUAUUGUUGUUUUUAUUAUUAAAACAGUCACACAUAAAUAUUGUUAUUUUAGUUCUUUCAGUAUUAGUAUCCUGUUUUAUUUUUUUCAAACAUUUAUGAACAUUUUGUUUGUAUACAGAUACACAAAACUACACAACUUUGCCUUCUGAAAAAAGAAAAAAAUAAGGAUCUCCAUGUGAGUCAAAUGUUCCUGCUCAUCUCCAAACGGGAUCUACUCCACUUUCUCUAAUAGCAGAUUCAAUUAUUAGACCUAUCAGCAUUAAUAUUGUUAUUGUUCUUAAGGAUAACAACAAAGUUAACAACAAUAAUUUCUAUAAAGAAAAGACCGUGAGCUAAUGUUUUCUUAUAAAUGAUUUUUAAUAUUAGGCUAUGCAUCAAAUUCUUUUCUGUAUGUUAUUCUUAAUGUGCACUUUUCCACGUGUAUUUGUAUCACAAUACCUUGUGUUAUAUUAUCGAGGCAUUAAUCCAGAUAUUAAAAAUAGAGUAGUUGGCUUCGGGAGUCCGUUUGGAAUAUACAGUACUCGUAGCAAAAUACAAGUGCAAAUAUAAAUAGGACGUAUAUUUAUGCAACAGCGCUCUUUACUCUUCUCACUCACAUAAAAACACAGAUUAUGUACUCCUCAGAAUGCAUCAACACCAUGGAAAGAACAUAAUGAAACUGCAGUACAGUAUAUUAGAGAAUCAAACAUCCACUGCUCCUUUUACCGUGAAGAUUCAGAUAGAUCGCUAAUUAUUUCUUUGUUUUGUGACAUUUCUUUGUGUAUUGCAUCUAUAGCCAACAUUUGGCAAGCGAUCAUUCUGACCAACUUUGCAAGCUGAGUUGUAAUGAUCAAUUACAGUAUUUAAUAUUUCUGAGCUGCUCAGCGUGAACCUCUAGAGGGUGUGUCUCUAUCUGCAGGGUUUAUGAAUAUACACACAAAUUGUUUGAUAUACAAUGAGUACUUUCUAGUUAACCUUGAUCAUUUACAGAUAUUGAUUUCUAGAAAACUUUCUAGAUAGAAUUGGUUUAGAUAAAAUGAAUACCUACGCUGGCUAAGAAGUAUUUUGCAGUUUUUUUAAUCUAUUAUUUCUGAACAUAUGGAUGUAUUAUAUUUUGAUUUAUUUUACAUUUACACUAUGUUGAUAACAUCACCCUGUUGUGCAUUUGGUGUGUUUGUACAUUUUUCUUGCACACCUUUGUUUCCUAUAAUGAAAAGAACUUGGAUUUCUCUAACCAGGUUGCCUUGCAUUCUAUUAAAGAACAUAUCGUAAAUCGUGAAUCGUCCAUAAGUUUGAUAAAAAUCGAGAUUUUAUUUUUUUGCCAUAUCGCCCAGCCCUAAUUGCUCAUACACUUAUAGGGGUUUCUGUGGGUAUGAUUGCAUUCAGUUGAAGUUUAAAAGAGUUUAAUCCAUUAUAUCUGUUGGAUGUGUGUGCUGAUUUUGUUGUAGCUCUCUCUGUAUAGGUCUAUCCCAAGGAUAUCUGCAGAUGUCUGAUUCCCCCCACUUCAAAUUUGUUUGCACAUUGCAUAUGUAUGCCUUUCCUUGCUCUGUAUUAAUUUCUUUCAUAAGGUAUCACAGGUCUUUCUACUGCUCUAUGUACAGGGAUUUCACCCACUUUCUUGCAGGGAUGCUUGUAGGGUUUCUUAUGCCUCCAUUUACUACUCCACUUGCAGAUGUGCAAGGACGUACCAGGGCGAGGCCAGAAAUCUCCAAAUGAGUGGACCUUGGUGAAACAGGGUGGACCUCUAUUCUGUGCCUAAUUUCAUAGUGAAUGUAAUGAAGCACGCCCCUUUCCUCAGCCUUUAUGAAUCAAUAUUCACUCAUUUACUGUACCUAAUACUUAGAGUUGCAUACCACAACUACUCUCUUGGCUGGUACAAAUCUUAAUCUUUAUGUAUGAACAAUAUAUACGACAUAUAGGCCUAUUGUAAAAUUUACGGCUUAUAGAUGUAUGUGAGGCUAGUUCAGUGUGACACAUAUUGUAACACAGGCAUAUUAAUUUUUAUAUCUCACUUUUAAAAAAACAUCUCAUACGAAGUGAUUCACAAAAAAAUAUAAAACAACAAUAAAAACAAAGGAUGAGUACAAGAAUCAAAAGCCCCCAAAAAUAAAAGUGACAGUUCUAAAAGAUAUAUAUAAUAUAUAUAUAUAUAUAUAUAUAUAAGUCUUCUUGUAUUCUGAAUAUGUUACUUUGUGAUUGUGAUUUGUGAAUACAUUUUAGAAAGAGUAUUUAGUAUUUAGCCAAGAAUGCUUUUUUAAAGUAAAGAAGGACAGCAAUUAAGACAAUUAUGUUUGUGAUCUCUGGGAUAGACGGUCUGUUUUAUAUUCCAAGAAACUUCAGUAUAUUUGGGCAUUGGGGGUUCCCAUGUUCCGUCCACUCAGAUGACGUCACCUUAUGGUUAUCUUAUAAUAGUAUAUCAGAUUUUAUCAUGCAGCCCUACUGUAAUGUCAAGAUUUAGAGUGAAAAACAUUUUGGUCUAUUUCUCACCCAAAAACGGUCAGUCCUAUUAAACCACUCGAGUUAUACAGAUUACCUUUAUGCUGUUGUAACAGUAUAAAGAUGAGCAAGGAGGAGGCGGGAACUGGCUGAACAGUCAACAUAAAGGUUUAAUGAUAAAAAUGAACUUAAAACAACAUAAAUGAACACAGACACACAUGGUGCGGCCACGUGCAUCUCUCUCUCUCGAACUGGUGCCUCCGGCUCCCCUUUAUCUCGCUCUUCCGCUGAUCAUCUGAUUCAGCGCCAGCUGUGCACCCUCAUGGCCCGGCCAUGCCCUCCUCGUCACAGCUGUCUUUGUCAUUUUUGGAGCUUGAAUGUUUGGACCUCAUUGACUUGCACUGCAAAACAUGUUUUGUACUGUUUCAAUAAAAACCUGCAGUUUAUGUCAAAGGAUUUGAUAUGAUUUAUCUUGGUUUCAUCUUUUACAUUUAAUUUUUUUUCAAAUUUAUAUAAAUAUGUUUUCAAAUAUGUAUAAAAAUACAAUUGUUUAUUGUUAGUUCAUAGUGCAUUAAUUAAUUGUAACAAGUCACUGGAUCUGUCGGAAGGAGGAAGCGGGACUCAGCGUAUUCUUUUCUCAAUGGAGCCAUUUAUUUACAAUAAACAACGUGGCUUUUCAACACACACACGUAAACACACACACUCAGGCAUUUGAAGCGUAGCUCUCGCUACCCUCCAGUGGUCUGGAUUGCCCUUCUUAUCCCUCUCCGCUCUCACUGCAAACACAAAACUGCUGUUAGAGGUGAUUUUCCUACAGGUGUCAAUCUUUACCGCACUCACUCUCUUGGCCUAGCUUUCCACAGUUGUUGCUCGGCCACACCCCCAUCAUCACAUACCCCCAUCGCCCGACUUAGGCCAGGGAGCCAUCCGGCCUGUCACUUACUCCCCCCCCCCAUUUCUGGAGAGGAAAUCUGCAACAGCCAUCUGCGCCCCCGGCCUGUGGACCACCUCGAACUUAAAAGGCUGGAGAGCUAGUUACCAACAGGUGAUCCACGCGUCGGCAUCCUUCAUGCGAUGGAGCCACUGGAGCGGGGCGUGGUCUGAACAGAGGGUGAAAGCACGUCCUAACAGAUAAUACCGGAGGGUGAGGACUGCCCACUUGAUGGCCAAACACUCCUUCUCGAUUGUGCUGUACUUGGUCUCACCGAGAGCUUGCGACUAAUGUUGUGGAAUAUUUUUUAUCAAGUUAAAUAUAAAUUAAUAAAGUAUAAUCAAUGGAAAUAUAGCCAUUUUUGUCUACAAUUAUUUCUGAUGGUCAAGUAUGGAUUUUACUGUGUGUGUGUGUAGAAGCCUGUGUAAAGGAGGCCCCUCAAAAUGGAAUAUGUUAUCACAUAUGGUACUCAUAUAUGGUAAUCUUGAGUCUCAUGUUUUGACACUAGAGGAAAUAUAUAGGAUAAGGCUCCAUAAAGAGAUGGAGAGGGGCCUCUCAAAUAGUUUCAUGUUCUCUAACAGUCUGAAGACACAGAACAAAAUGUAUGGGGUGUAUUGGUCACGACCCUAGGUGAAUGUGUUUAUAGGCAUGUUUGAAUAUAGAAA